UAAAGCUUGUUGUUUAUAUAUUAGUAACAGCGUCGUGGGUCGUUGUUGUUAGCGCUUGAGAUACACAAUGUAUUUCUUCGGUACAACACAGCUUGGCUAUCAAAACCCGAUUGGCAUAACCACGAUAAAUGUCCAGAGAGCGUCCCGCUCUGAAGAUGGUGCUCAAGUGACAACAGGAGUCGAUCCACCACCUCAAGAAAGCAAAAGAACCUUUCUGUCUUCGGCAACUUUACAAGCUCCCAGCAUGCAUCACAGGAGCAACAAACAAUACGGAGAGAUGGUCAGACUGGCUCGAGUUCCUGUGUCUCCAAAGGACUUGUACGUAGCGCCUCUGACAGGCAACCAGCAGUAUGGAUGGAUGGUGUCGGACAGUCCUCAGCCAUGGACUCAAAUCAAACGCUUUCCCAGAAGGAACAGUGAGAUCUCAAAGUUUGUUGAACAAAUGUUAAUGACAGACCGGAUGUUUAGCCCUUUUUGAUGCAGACACGUAAAGCUGGCGUCAGCGUUGGGAAGAAUGUCAUAAAAUAAACCAAGUAGAAACACA